AAUACUCGUUCGACCUUUGAUUCGUUUCAAUUCGAUUCGAAAGUUCCAAGUUCGAUUCGGAUGAACGCGCGUGUCAUCGUGUGUAGCGGAUAAAUCGCGACUUUAGCGAACUGUAUUCUUUGAACGAGCGUUAAUCCGAAGAUGCUCUUGAGAUACUCGGACGGCUUGAGCAGAGUGUUGGAGUCCGCGUUGGCGAACUUGGGCGGUAUGAACGGUAGCACCAUAUGUUUAUUGACCAGAUGGGACGUUUGGUUCGUCUUAAUUUCCUCGGUGUCCGCCGGUGGACUGGCAGGAGGCACUUCCGGCUGCUGAUGCUCGCCGCAGGAUACGUCGGACUUGUUGAUCGCUGUUCCGAAACAGAAACGAGGUGGGGGAAACGAAUCGUAGUACGCGUCGGACAAGUGAAAUCUAGAGGAUCGAGCGAGACGAAUCGAGGAUCGAAGAAACGAAGUUAUCGACAGCUCGAGAGAGCUAUAUCUUCUAGCUUACCUGCAGAUGCAAGGUUUGCUCCGUUCUCGGUUCUUCCAUUCCGGUUCGUUUCACCGGAGACGUCUCUUUUCUCGUCCCUGGUUAUAGGUUCCGCGUUUUGCUUGGCGUUCACCACGAGCACCACGACGUCUUCCUUCUCCGGUAGUGGGGGCGGUGGUGGUGGAGGCGGUGGCUUGGCGAAGCUGAGAAAGACGCGCGAUGCAGGGAAAGAAGAAGAAGAAGAAGAAGAAGAAGGAAGAGACGAAGAAGAAGAAGAAGAAGAAGAAAACGAAGAAGAAUAUCUGACAGGAUUCGGCAACGAAUUCUCCAGCGAGGACGAACGUUGCCCCGGUGCCCUACCGAUCGGUCAGAACAAUCCUCAACGAUGUCCGUACGGUCUGUACGCGGAACAGCUGUCCGGCACGUCGUUUACCGCUCCUCGCUCUCGAAACAGACGCUCGUGGUUGUAUCGAAUCAAGCCGUCGGUCGUCCAUAAACCCUUCACACCGGUUGACAGCGCUCCUCGUCUCGACUACAGAUGGGACGCUGUAAAUCCAACGCCGAAUCAGCUACGAUGGAAACCCUUUGACGUGCCGACCAGACAAGCCGCGGAGAUAGAUUUCGUGGAAGGUUUGCACACGCUAUGCGGCGCGGGAGACGCUCGCGUUCGUCAAGGUAUUGCGAUCCACGUGUAUCUCUGCAAUGCCUCCAUGAAGAACAAGGCCUUCUACAAUUCCGACGGAGAUCUUCUCAUUGUGCCGCAGCUAGGCGCGUUACUGAUAACCACGGAGUUUGGCAAGAUCCAUUGUGAGCCGAACGAGAUAUGCGUGAUCCAGCAAGGUAUGCGGUUCAACGUUGCUGUGUUUGGUCCAUCUCGAGGAUACAUCUUAGAGGUGUACGACGAUCACUUUCAAUUGCCCGAAUUGGGACCGAUAGGAGCGAAUGGUCUGGCGAACCCACGGGAUUUUCAAACGCCGGUAGCGUGGUACGAGGAUCGUGAAAUCGAUUACGAGAUCGUGUGCAAGUAUCACGGUAAGCUGUUCGUAGCCGAGCAAGACCACAGUCCGUUCGACGUGGUAGCUUGGCAUGGAAAUUACGUUCCGUUCAAAUACGACCUCGACAAAUUCAUGGUCGUUAAUACGGUUUCUUUCGAUCAUUGUGAUCCUUCGAUCUUCACGGUCCUGACGUGUCCCUCCGGGAAGAUCGGUACAGCAGCAGCCGAUUUUGUAAUAUUCCCACCUCGAUGGUCCGUGCAGGAGCACACUUUUCGGCCUCCUUAUUAUCAUCGAAAUUGUAUGAGCGAAUUCAUGGGCCUGAUAAAGGGACGAUACGAAGCUAAGGACGAAAGUUUCCAUCCAGGCGGAGCGUCGUUGCAUUCCAUUAUGACGCCACAUGGACCGGAUUCGUCUUGUUUCGAAACUGCUUCAAACAGCAAGUUGAAACCUGAACGCGUCGCCGAUGGAACACAAGCUUUCAUGUUUGAAACGUCGUAUAGUUUGGCGAUAACCGAAUGGGCUGCAAAUCUUUCCAACAAACUGGACAACGAUUAUUACAAAUGCUGGCAAUCUCUUAAAAAGCAUUUCGUUUCGAAUGCUUCUUAAUACAUUUUUACAUUUUGCAUUUUUAUAUUUUGUAGAAAAGAUAGAAGUGAUAAGGGUACACGAUUAUAAAUAAUUAUAGGAGUACAUGAUUUGACUUCUGUUUUGUAAUAAUACUCUUUCUGUAAUAGUAAUGUACUAGAAUGAAUAGUAAUGUAAUAGAAUGUACUAGUUCUGUAAUAGUAA